GAACCCCCACUCUUCCUUUUCCGGUCAGCGGCCUGAGGUGACCUCUCAAAAUGGUUCGCUAUUCACUUGACCCAGAAAACCCCACAAAAUCAUGCAAGUCGAGAGGUUCAAAUCUUCGUGUUCACUUUAAGAACACUCGUGAAACAGCCCAGGCCAUUAAGGGUAUGCAUAUCCGAAAAGCCACCAAGUAUCUGAAGGAUGUCACUUUAAAGAAGCAGUGUGUGCCGUUCCGUCGUUACAAUGGUGGAGUCGGUAGGUGUGCCCAGGCCAAACAGUGGGGCUGGACGCAGGGUCGGUGGCCCAAAAAGAGUGCUGAAUUUUUACUGCACAUGCUCAAAAAUGCAGAGAGUAAUGCUGAACUUAAGGGCUUAGAUGUAGAUUCUCUGGUCAUUGAGCAUAUCCAGGUGAACAAAGCCCCCAAGAUGCGGCGCAGGACAUACAGAGCUCACGGUCGGAUCAACCCAUACAUGAGCUCUCCCUGCCACAUUGAGAUGAUCCUUACUGAAAAAGAACAGAUUGUUCCUAAACCAGAAGAGGAGGUUGCCCAGAAGAAAAAGAUAUCCCAGAAGAAAUUGAAGAAACAAAAACUUAUGGCCCGGGAAUAAAUGCUGCAAAAAAUAAAUGCAAAUAAAAGUAAAA